AUGCACCUGCCCGGCUGCGCCCCAGCCAUGGCCGACGGCAGCUUCUCGCUCGCCGGCCACCUGCUCCGCAGCCCGGGCGGCAGCACCUCGCGGCUGCACAGCAUCGAAGCCAUCCUGGGAUUUACCAAGGACCACGGGAUCCUCGGCUCCUUCGAGGCGGAGCCGGGCGCCGGGGUCACCAAGGAGCGAGACCGGAGGCCGGGCGCCAGGGCUACCUGCCCUAAGGCGCCCGCAGGAGGCGCCCAGCCCUGCCCGCCGCCCGCCCCGCCGCCCGCUCCGGAGUACGAAGGCCCCCGCCCCUACUGCCCCAAGGAGUCCGGGGAGGCGCGGCCGAGCCCGGGGCUGCCCGUCGGACCCGCAGGCGACGCGAAGCUGUCGGAGGAGGAGCUGCCCAAGAAGAAGCACCGGAGGAACCGCACCACCUUCACCACCUACCAGCUGCACGAGCUGGAGCGAGCGUUCGAGAAGUCCCACUACCCCGACGUGUACAGCCGCGAGGAGCUGGCGGGCAAGGUCAACCUCCCCGAGGUCCGGGUCCAGGUGUGGUUCCAGAACCGACGGGCCAAGUGGCGACGGCAGGAGAAGCUGGAGGUGUCGUCCAUGAAGCUGCAGGACUCGCCCCUCCUCUCCUUCAGCCGCUCCCCGCCCUCGGCUGCUCUGGCGCCCCUCGGGGCGGGCGGCGGCGGGCCGGCGGGGGGGGCCCUGCCGCUGGAGUCGUGGCUCGGGCCGCCGUUGCCGGGCGGGGGCGCCACGGCGCUGCAGAGCCUGCCGGGCUUCGGGCCGCCGGCGCAGAGCCUUCCCGCCAGCUACACGCCGCCGCCGCCGCCGCCGCCCUUCCUGAACUCGCCGCCGCUGGGCCCCGGCCUGCAGCCCCUCGCGCCGCCGCCGCCCGCCUACCCCUGCGGGCCCGGCUUCGCGGACAAGUUCCCGCUGGACGAGGCGGACCCGCGCAACAGCAGCAUCGCGGCGCUGCGCCUGAAGGCCAAGGAGCACAUCCAGGCCAUCGGGAAGCCGUGGCCGGCCCUCUAGGGGCGCGGGGCCCAAACCGGGC